AUGGUCUCAAUUUCACUUAACAACUGUGGCGUCAAGUGUGAUCUACCAAAAGUGGAACAUGGGGAAUUAGUUAAUUCAUCUAAGCCUUCAUAUGCCUAUAAUGUUGGCAUCACCUUUGAAUGUAAUUCUGGCUAUUCUGCUGUGGGAAGCCUCCAUAUCAAAUGUGGGGAGAACAGCUCGUGGGUUCCUGGCAUCCCCAAAUGUGUCAAAGACGUCAAGUGUGAUCUACCAAAAGUGGAAAAUGGGAAAUUAGUUAAUUCAUCUAAGCCUUCAUAUGCCUAUAAUGAUGCUAUCAGCUUUGAAUGUAAUUCUGGCUAUUUCGCUGUGGGAAGCCUCCAUAUUAAAUGUGGGGCUAAUAGUUUGUGGGUUCCUGACGUCCCCAAAUGUGUCAAAGAUGUCAAGUGUGAUCUACCAAAAGUGGAAAAUGGGAAAUUAGUUAAUUCAUCUAAGCCUUCAUAUACCUAUAAUGAUGUUAUCAGCUUUGAAUGUAAUCCUGGCUAUUCUGCUGUGGGAAGCCUCCAUAUUAAAUGUGGGGAGAACAGCUUGUGGGUUCCUGACAUCCCCAAAUGUGUCAAAGGAAAUGUUGGCAAUACAAAUAGUACUACAGACAAGCCAAAUACUACAACAAAAGAUUAUGCAGAAUACCACAAAACUACAGCACUUGGAAAACUGAUCAUCCUCCUGGCUGUUCUGUAUAAUUGCUGGUGAAGUCAUGACACUGAACAUAUGGAAAAUCUAUCAAAAUUUUAUUUGAUUAUAUUGGGUGCCUGCUUGAUUAAUUUAUUUCAUUUCAUUCCUAAACAUAAAAU